AUGGAUAAGACAUCUCUAGCAAGCCUUCCAGAUGAUCUCGUUCUCGAUAUUGUCGAGCAUCUCGACACGGCACGUGACGUAGCUCACGUCUCAGUCCUGACGAAACAUCUUCACUCUCUUGUGAAACAGGAUGGGUGGCGAACUUUUGUCAAGACCAGAUUCCCUUCCUUGGAUAUAGCUACAAACUCUGAGACUCAAUGGGGUAAAGUCGCGGACCGCGCAACGUAUCUGGAUCGCUGCUGGGAGAAGCGUGGGUUCUGGGUCAAUGUUCUCCAUGAGAAGAAGCAGCAGCCGGAAAGGUUUCAGCGCAGGGUUGCUGGAAGCCAGUCAGUCUUGUUCCAUACUGUUCUCGAUGCUCGGCUUGAAUCGUCGCUUCAGAAUGAGGUUGUUGCGGCUGGUGUGGGUGAAAAUCUUAUGGUGAGGAUAAAGCCUGUGAAUGGGCAGCCCGAUACCUGGCAUCAGAUCGAAGGCCAGACUCAUGGAUAUCGAGCAGGCACCGGAGACGCCACGGCAGUAUCUGUCAUUGAGGGUGAUGGGUAUCCAGGUGUCGUUGUCGGUAGGGCUGGUGGAGAGCUCGAAAUCCUUUCUGGUAAAGACAACUUCUCAGCGGUUUCACGACAGCUGAAGCCAGCAGGCGAGGUAUUGCAGAAUCAUGCUUCUGAUCCUAUGCGAAAGUCUCCAGGACAAGUGGCAGUCUCAUCCCUACAGUGGCAUCCCGAAGCGAAUCUUCUUGCAGCGGGCAAAGGCUCUGUUCUCACCCUCUACGAUCUCUCAGCAUCGGACGAUGCCGAACUGGCCCCCACAGAGUACUAUGACUUCUCAAAGACAGGUCCCAAUGACGAGGCGUCGCUCUUGCGAAGUACCAAAUUCAUGAGCAGAGAUGUAGUGGCUUGUGCUCUGGGCGGAAGUAGAAAUCCCCUCCGCUGGGGACAGCUCACGCCAACUGGGAUACACAUCAUGAACGCUGCUAGCAAUCCUAGACCGCUCGAUGAUGCUGCCAAGUUGACCGACGUCAGAAUGGGCGAGAAAACGACGGUUCGAGCGAUUGAGCCUGUCAGAGGUAAUGACAAUCUCCUCUUGAGUACAUGGGACGACGGUACAUAUAGACUUUCGGACAUCAGAACUCCUUCAGAUCAUGAUGCGGUAUAUCGUGAUCGUUUUCAGCCUUACGAAGCGGGCAGUUCUCUCCUAGUAUACGGCAUUGAACGUUUCGUAGCUGGAAGCAACACGGCACCAGAUAUCCGUCUCUUCGACUUCAGAUACUCCAAGCCGUACCACCACUCAAGUGCUCUUCCAUGCACAACACAGUGGCCUUUCCCUAGCCAGAAGGACGAUCACAAGAUGUGGAGGCAAGGUUGGGCGCCAGACUGUCAACCUCAGGGCUGCGAUCCCCAAACUGGACUACUAUGCAACUGGCAUAGUACAUCUAGGCGGAACUAUUGGCGUCCCGACGCAACACUUCAUAUCGGCAGUCCAACCUACGACAGGAUCUAUUGUCUAGCAAAAGCGUCUGAUCUUUCGGAUACAGUGUACUGCGGUCUUCGCGGCGCAAUUCUGGAGAUGAACCUCCAUCUCACAGACGACGCAAAGUACGAUUCUGGCCAUCGAACCGUUCCAGCCGGUUGGAGCAUGGGAAGACCCGGAGGCAAGAUCUCGCUCAUCGAGACGGGCGUGAGUCUCUGCCAAGCAAAGGAAUGGUCCCUCGAGAAUCGGGGCGUGCCAGAGCUUAUCGUUCAGCAACCUCGACCGCAGAAACAAACGGAAUUGUCAGACCAGGUGAAGCGACAUCGACUAGACUACGCGUUUCAUAAAUCGCAGGACUUCGAUCAAGUACAGGCAUAG